UGGUUUAUGGUGAGAGAAUACGCGUGGAAAGUUUAAAUUUAAUACAAAAAAGAGGUUAAGUAUAAGUAUGGUUACUUUAUAUUUAUUUUGUAAUAUAAAUUAUAAUGUUAAAAUGCAUAACAGCGCACAGAACUUAGGAUUGUAGUUGAAGAAAAACGGUAAAUAUCUGUUAUUACAGUAGUAGGCUAAGAAGUUACACGACUGAGAGUUCGACGAAUGCCAAAGAAGUCAGAAAUGAAUGGGCUGUCGUUCAGUGACAUCUGUUGUCUCUUUUGUUGUCCACCUUUUCCAUCUCGUAUUGCUGCCAAAUUGGCAUUUCUUCCACCAGAACCAACAUAUUCAUUUAUCCCUGAUGAAACUGGAACAAAAUUCACUCUUAAACUCUCUGAUAGAGCUGAGUGGCAGUAUUCACAAAAAGAAUUAGAUAAUUUUGAGGUGUUUUACACCAGAACGUCAAGAGGAAAUCGCAUAGCGUGUAUGUAUGUACGUUGUUCACCAAAUGCAAGAUACACAAUACUUUUCAGUCAUGGGAAUGCUGUUGAUUUAGGCCAAAUGAGUAGCUUUUAUUUAGGAUUGGGAUCUCGAAUAAGUUGUAACAUUUUUAGUUAUGAUUAUUCAGGUUAUGGAAUUAGUACCAAUAAGCCAUAUGAAAAGAAUUUGUACAGUGACAUUAAUGCAGCCUGGCAUGCACUGAGAACAAAGUAUGGUGUUAGCCCAGAAAAUAUCAUUGUUUAUGGGCAGAGCAUAGGUACUGUCCCAACUGUGGACUUAGCUUCAAGGUAUGAAGUUGGUGGAGUGAUUCUACACUCACCUUUAACCUCUGGAAUGAGAGUGGCCUUCCCUAGUACCAAGAGAACUUGGUUUUUUGAUGCAUUUCCAAGUAUUGAAAAAAUCCACAAAGUGACUUCUCCUGUGCUUGUAAUCCACGGAACAGAAGAUGAAGUGAUAGAGUUUUCUCAUGGUCUUGCAAUGUAUGAACGAUGUCCCCGAGCAGUGGAGCCUCUGUGGGUAGAGGGUGCAGGUCACAAUGACGUAGAACUGUAUGGACAGUACCUGGAACGUCUGAAACAUUUUGUUUCAAUAGAAUUAGUUAAUUGACCGAACUGUGGAACAAAUAACGUAGAUCUGAUAGUCAUACCUACUUCUGAUACUGCUAUAUUGGGAAUUUCAGAAAGAACCAAGUUUUUGCCUUAUACACUACUGAAUUACAAACAUGUUUGAAAAUACUCUUCUGUGAGUCUGAAAGAUGUAUAAUUUUAAAAUCUUGUGUACCUAUAAUAGCCUUAAGACAUCAAGUGUUUACUCAGACCUUAUAUAACUACCACUUACAUGAAGUUUUAAGAAAGGCAGUCUGAUGUAUAUUUUUCCACGGGUUACCAUUUACUUAAUAUCAUAAGGUUGACAUUUACUGUGGUGUCAACUAUGUUAUUGCAAGUAGUUUGUAUGCUGGUGUUAUAUCAUUCUAAUACAAGUAUAUUGUGUGGAAGGUUUUGAAUCACUUACUUGCCAACAAAUUUCUAAUGGCAGUUUAAUUAUGCUCUUGAUAGUUACUAAGUUGUUAGUGGCUCGUAUUAAUUAUAUCCUGCAUUACUUCUUUGAAAAUAAUUUAGAUCUGUGUGUUCAAAAGCAUAAUCCUCUGUGAUUAUUAUUUCCAUGAACACUAAAUGGAUAAAUUACAUGUAAGUGGUAAUAAAGGCAAUUUGAUGUUAUAAAUAUGAUUCUUUUGAUAUCAGGACCAAUGACAUUGUGGUAACCAGAAGUUUGAUAUAGUGAAACAAAUAAAAGAGUUAAUAUAUUUUCUAAUACCUUUGUCACAGUUGGAAUUUCCUCAUUUUGAAGAUGUAUAGUGAAAUAUGUCACUGUGUUUUGCAAUUAAUGGUUAGUCUGAAAUCUCAUGUUAGUAUAGAUAAGUAAAUUUCUCAAAUUAUAGUCUGCUAAAAUCUUUCACACUUCCUUAACCUUUAACCCUAAUUCAAGUAGUAGCUGACUUGGUACUAGCCAAUUGAAAUCAUUUACCAGUCAGUUUUUGAGAGAGUUGUAUUCAUACUCUUCACUCCUCAAAGUUUGAAUGACAUUUAGAUUAGUUUAUAUACAAACAUAAAGUUCACUGUAGCUGUCAAUAUGUUUGUCACAUUAAAUCAGAAUGUAUUAAAACCUGCUGAUCUCUACUUUAUAUAUACAAACAUAAAGUUCACUGUAGCUGUCAGUCACAUUAAGUCAGAAUGUAUUAAAACCUGCUGAUAUCUACUUUAUAUAUACAAACAUAAAGUUCACUGUAGCUGUCAGUCACAUUAAGUCAGAAUGUAUUAAAACCUGCUGAUCUCUACUUUAAUGCAGGGUUCCUGUAUGUAAAUGUUUCUGUUUCACAUUCACCAGUUUCUGUAUAUUUCAUGUUAGUAACUUUAUACCAAUUGUGAAAUACUUUGAUAAUUACCUGAGAUGAAGAUAUACUAUUUUUAUUCCAGAUGAAAUGGUUCAAUUUUUUCUGUAAAAUAUGUACAGAUACAUCACUGUAUCAACUUUCAUGACAUAAACAUCAGAGCUGGGCAAUUUAAUUCAUUGAUCAAUAUAACCAAUUAUCUAUGCACAGCAAUUAUGUUGCUUAACAUUUUAUAAACUAAUUGAACAAAUGAAAUUAGUGUUUCCAAUUAUUAUGGUUUUGAUUAUUUCUACAAUUUAUUAAUCAAAAUUCUGAUUAUAUAGAUUGUUACAAAAAAAUCAUCAAAUAAUCAAAAUUAAGAUUUCCGGUUAUUAUUUUUGGUUAUUCCAAGUAUUAUGUGACUCGAAUGUCUCGGGUUCAAUUUCCAUUGCCACCAAACUUUCUUGCCCUGUCUUUGUUAUGGCCAAUCCACUAAGACUGUGUGCCACUGUUGCUUAUUUUGAACUGCUGACUGGUGGGAAGGUAGCACCUGACAUCAUAAAGUUUGUUUAUUGUAUUUUAGAGAGAAUUCAGCUGUCUGGCAGCAUCAACUGCCAUUCUUUGUUUCUUGAACCUCUGACUACAUGAAGACAAUUCACCAGUGGUACUUCCUACCAUCUCCCCCCUCCUGUUUCAAACUGCUGACUAGAGUGAGUUCAACUGGUUGGCAGUAUCUGCUGCAAACUUUUUCUGUUUUUAUGUCAAUUUUACUAAUUGAUUAAUGAAAUGUAAUGAAACUAUCAAUUAAUUGAUUAAUAAUUACCAUUAAUUGUUCAGUUCUGAUAAAAAAUACACAGUGUAAGAGUUUACUGUUCUGUUUUGUGCUUGUCGAAUGCAUGUAUCUCCCAGAGAAGCCUGAAUAGAUUAUAUAAGUAUUUACCAGUUGAUUGGCUGUUUACAGAAACAUUCAUCAACAAAAUUUUUUGCAAUUCUUUUAAAAUAAAAAAAAAUUAUUACAUUAGCCAAUUUUGACCACCAUAAAAUACUGAUAAUAGAAAUGUAUAAACACUACAUAAUUUGUUCUUCUUGAACUGUGGAAAAUAUCUGGAAUAUGUAUUAAUGUUGGUGAAACAUCAGUAUUUACAUCUGUCAUGGACCUAAAAAAUCAAAAUUAAUUGAGAAGAAAACUAAAAAAAAUAACAUUUAUAAAUGAUUAAAGUGUUUGAACAAAUUUUUUGGUUUACAGUUCAGGCUUGAAAUAACUAUAUCUACAGAGCUGGUAUUUCAGUAUAAAUAUUUCAACCAGUUCAUAGUAGUAUUAAACUGAUAUUAUCAUGUUCUAAUAUAUUGAUUUUGGUAUUAAAUUUAAUUUGUGUUGUUAAAAAAACAGUUGUUAAACUUUCUGUUUCAUGUCCAAAUAUUUUUAACGAUUUUACU